UGUAACCAAGUGAGGUCACAGAGCAGGCAGGAGGGGGUGUGCCCAGAGAUGAGGAUUUUGUGAGUGCCUUAAACUGGAGCUAGGCUGUGGUGCUCGAGAGGUUUGGAGGCAUCAGGAGGUCCUUUACCAUGAGCUUACCUCUCCCCCUCCUUGAGAUGAAUCCUGGGUUAUCCAGCCCCUAAAGCCCCUGGAUAGAUUUUCAUCCCAGGACUGUGUACCAGGCUCGAUUUAUCUGCAAGUCUGGCCUGUGGGACACAUUGACUUCUCCCAGUAACAAGGGUGGACAACUGGAUGUUUAGAGAAGAGUGUGAGAAGAUGAAGGCCACUGUGCAGAAAUGUGUGCAGACCCCUAGGCACAGCAAGGAGGCCCUGAAUAGGCUCAACCAGGCUAUCCAGCAGCUGAAGAUGGAGCCUUGUGAACUACAGAAAAGCCAAGACUUGGAGGCCAUGCCGGAUGCGGCCUCAGGCAGCGCUAAGGGCAGACUGGCCUGGCUGGAGGCUGCCCUGCAGCGAGCCAAGCAGGACAUGGCUCGGCAGCUACGUGAGUACCAGGAGCUCAUGAUCGUCAAACUGGGCCUGGACUUUGAGAUCGCUACCUACCGCAGGCUGCUGGAGGGUGAGGAGCAGAGGCUUGGUCUGGGACUUGGGGCAGGGAGUGUGGCUCCCGGCGGUGACGUCACUGGAGACAGGUCCUCCCUAAGGGCACCCGGAGUCAGUUCCUGUGGCCUGAACAUGAGCGCCCCAAGUGGUGGCUGCGCUCUCUGCAGCUCUGCGGGCUGUGUUGGAGGCUUUGGCUGCCUUGGCUCCCGUGAAUGUUGAACCCCUCCCUCCGGAGAAGACUAGAAACUGGCGCUUCUGCCCAAAGACUUGGUCCUCUUGUCUCAGAUUCCCUUGCCCACAGAGCUGGCCCUCUUCUCCCUUCCCCCUUUUGCCCCUCACUUGGAACUAGACGGGACUCUGGUGUGUCAUCUUGUAGACAUGGCCUGUGGCUUACCUGAACCUUGCAUUCUGCCCCUCUGACUGGCUCUAUUCUCUCUCUCUUUCUCUCUCUCUCUUUUUCAGGCUUGCCCUUUAAUAAAACAUUCUGUGGUGGCUAAUCAGCCAGCCUGUCUGAA